GGGGAGCAUGGUGCUUCUGGCUGGCCUUGGCCUCCCAGAGCUGGGGGCGUGGGUGGGCAGCUCCUGGGACUGUGCCAGCUGAGCCCCUGGCUGCUCCCCGCUUCCCUAGCUCCCCCGGACUUGAGCCUUUGGAGCAAUGCUAUGGAGAAGCUGGCUGCCGGGCUAGCUGGUCUCCACUGGAGCAUGGGGGCUUUCCCCUUGGACCUCAUCGUCAGCCGCUGUCGUCUGCCCACUCUCGCCUGCCUGGGGCCAGGGGAGUAUGUGGAGGGGGUUAGUCAACAGGAUGUCCUGCUCAUCCACUCCUGCCGCCAGUGGACCACGGUGACGGCCCACAGCCUUGAGGAAGGGCACUAUGUCAUCGGGCCGAAGAUCGAUAUCCCGCUGCAGUAUCCAGGGAAGUUUAAGCUUUUGGAGCAGGCGAGAGACGUUCGGGAGCCAGUGCAGUAUUUCAGCAGCAUCGAGGAGGUAGCCAGCGUCUUUCCCGACCGCAUCUUUGUGAUGGAGGCCAUCACCUUCAGCGUCAAGGUGGUGUCUGGGGAGUUCAGUGAGGACAGUGAGGUCUACAACUUCACCCUGCAUGCUGGUGAUGAGCUCACCCUCAUGGGCCAGGCCGAAAUCCUUUGCGGGAAGACCCCAAAGGAGCGUUCCCGUUUCACCACCAUCCUCCGAAAACUGGGCCGGGCCGGGUCCCUGGCAGGGUCCCUGGCUGGGAUGGGGAGCGUCAGCGGUGGCCUGGGCACUAGUGGAGGAGCAGGCACCAUCAAACCCAUUAAAGGCAAGAUGCCCUGCCUCAUCUGUAUGAACCACCGCACUAACGAGAGCCUGAGCCUACCCUUUCAGUGCCGGGGCCGCUUCAGCACCCGGAGCCCCCUGGAGCUGCAGAUGCAGGAGGGUGAGCACACUGUACGGGCCAUUAUCGAGCGGGUCCGGCUGCCCGUCAAUGUGCUUGUGCCCAGCCGGCCCCCCUGCAACCCGUAUGACCUGCACCCUGUGCGGGAAGGCCACUGCUACAAGCUGGUCAGCAUCAUAUCCAAGACUGUGGUGCUGGGGCUGGCCUUGCGCAGGGAGGGCCCGACCCCCUUGCAUUUCCUGCUGCUCACUGACAUGCCCCGAUUCACCCUGCCCCAGGGGCUGCUGGUUGGCGACCCCCAGGUGGAACAGCUAGUGAGAGAUAGUGCUUCCUACUGCCACGAGCGCUUCGACCCCGAUGAGUACUCCAAAGCAGUCCGUGAAGCCCCCGGAGACCUCGCAGAGGAGUGUGCCAGUCCGCGGAGGGCGAGGCUGUGUUUGCAGGGUCCUAGGCCUGAGGCACUGCCCCAGCUCUCUCUCUGCCUUUACCCCCCAGCCGGGGAGGGGGAUCAGGAAUACAUGAGUCCAGACUGGGCCAGCCUUUCAGAGCCCACCCCUCCGAUGGAGAUCCCCUACGAGGAGCUGUGGGCGCACCAGGUGACUGAAAGCUACCCAGAGGGUGGGGGCAGGGGCAGAGGCAGGCAGGCCCCUGCAGGACUCAGACAGCCGGACCUCAUCUCUUUUGCCGGGACUGCUCAUCUGGAGACGGAAGUUCCCCCACCCCCUGUCCCUCCCAAAUCAGAAGCGGUCAAGGAAGAGUGCCGUCUACUCAAUGCUCCACCAGUACCACCAAGGGGCGGCCGGCCCCCAGGAAGUCCUCCUAUCCCACCUCGCUUUCCCAAGCUUCAGCCUGCUCACUCCCCUAGUCCUGGCCUUUCUUACUACUCUUCUGGCCUACAUGAUGGAUCUGGCUCUCGGAGUGGCAGCUGUUCCCCAUCCCCAGAUUCAUACUCUCUAUACUGUUAUCCCUGUACCUGGGGUGAUUGCAAGGUGGGUGACUGCUCCAGUCGCCCACUUCCAGGCCCUCUCCCCUCUACAACACAGCCCAGCCAGGCCUCCUGGGCCUAUCCUGAACCUGGAAACAGUCGCUCUAUACCCCUCCUUGGGGGUGAGACAACCGCCAACAAGACAUACCACAGCUGUCCCCCUCCACCUAAGCCAUCACACCCUCAGAAACGCUUUGCUCCAUUUGGGGCCCUCAAUCCAUUUGCUAGUCCCUCCUAUUCCUCAGGUCCUGCCUCCUCCUCCUCCUCUUCUUCCUCUGGUCCCACUUCUACCCCUGGCCCCACUUCAUCCUCAAGCCCUACUUAUUCUCCAGGCCCUGCCUCCUCCAGUCAGGCCUAUUCUUCUGGUUCCCCCUCCUGCCCUACCUCCUCCUCCUCUUCCUCUGAAUGGCAGGAAACAGCCCUAGAACCCUUUGACCCCUUUGAAGUGAGGCAGGGCAGUUCCCCAGAACCAGAGUUGCUGCGGUAUCAGGAGCCCAGAGGAGUGGGCAGGCCUGGACCCUUGUCACCCCUCUGUCCCACCAAGGCCUUUGAGCCAGACGGUCUGAUGCUUCAGCGGAUGCCCACCCCGAUGUCUCCUACUGUCUUACAGGGACCAGAGGGAGGUGGAGCUCGGCUCUACCUCACCCAGGGGCGCCUGGAUGUGCCUCCUAUUAAUCCACGGGAGGGGGUGGUGGGUCGGGUUGGCAGGGACAGCACCCCUUGGCAGCCCCCAGCUGACCUAUCUGCGCUCUCGCUGGAGGAAGUCUCUCGGAGUCUGCGCUUCAUUGGCCUCUCGGAGGAUGUGGUGAGCUUCUUCUCUAGGGAGCGCAUAGAUGGGAGCAUCUUUGUACAGCUCAGUGAGGACAUUCUGGCUGAUGACUUCCACCUUACCAAGCUGCAGGUCAAGAAGAUCAUGCAGUUCAUCAAGGGUUGGAGGCCCAAGAUCUGAGCAGCCUGUCUGAAGGCCAGACAGUAAGAAUGUUUUGGGGCCUCGUAGAGGCACGAAGGGAGCUCUCCAUAAAGUUGCUACAGGUACCAGAUCCCUGGGACCCAGAUUCUAACAAAGCAGUGCCACGAAGAUCUAGGGCCCCACGGGGCUCAACAGUCAAGCCACGCUCCACGGAGCUGGUCAUGGAGGCUCCUUAGUCACCUGGGUUCUACCACUGGGACUUUUUAUGGAUAGCAGGACCUUUAGCACAACUCUUCUUUAGAGACUGCAGGGGGAAGCUACCAAUGGUAUUAACCCAAACAUGCAGACUAGCACAGCUCUGCUCUCCCCUCAGAGCCCAACACUGCCCAACAGAGUGAGGUAACAGGCUUCCCAGAUCCUUUUCCAACUCUGGGGGACCUUUUCCACUAUCCAAACUUCUAAUUUAAAGUUAGAAAAUGGAGAUAAGGGGAGAAAGACGACCAUCUUGCUCUCAAGCACCCGGCUUCCCAAGGUACUUCCUGGUACUCAGCCUGAGAACUGAGCUAUUCCCAAAUGUCUCCAUUUUCCUGCCUUUCUUCCUCUUCCACCUCCACCCCGUAACAUCGCUGAGAGCACUAAGAAGGGUUCAAGCAGGCAGGCUUGGAGUCUGCAUUAGCCUGUCCCCUCUGCCCGGCUCACAUUCUGUGCCCCCUUCUCUAGUUACUUGUCUUGUCAACAAUAAUCACCAAGCACAACUGUAGGAUCAGAGGUUUGUUGACAGCUAGAAAGGACCCUAUAGCUCAUCUAGUCCAACCCCCUCAUUUAUAGAUGAGGAAAGUGAAGCUCGUCAAGGGGAAGGGACUUGGCCUGUACUCUGGUUGCUUAUGAUAUAAUUGGGAAGACAAGACUUGAGAGCACUGCCUGAUGGCUUCAGAGCCAAGCUACCCUAGGAACUAGUCAUCUCAUCAGGCUGGAUCCCUUUCAAUGCUUGAGAUUCCAGUCUAGGUUUCUUUUGUUUUCUUCCUCCUUUUUUUUUUGGUGAGGCAAUCGGGGGUAAGUGACUUGCCCAGGGUCACACAGCUGGCGUGUCAAGUAUCUGAGACUGGAUUUGAACUCGGGUCCUCCUGAAUCCAGGGCCAGUGCUCUAUCACUGCACCACCUAGCUGCCCCUCCAGGUUUCUUUCAAUCAAUCCUAUUCUUGCCUUCUCUUUAUAGCUAGAUCCUAUUUAUUAUGGCAUUUUCUUCUCUCUAGGCCAGGAGGUCAUUACUAUAGGCAUUUGUGAGACUUCUAUCACUUGUAGAAGUGUCAUAAGUACCUUAAUCAAUGUCUCCAACCUAGGAUAAAGGAGUAGAAAGGGGAGGGAGAGGGGAGACUUAGGAAGCCAUAGAAGCUCAGGAAAAAUCUUCCAGUACCUUGACUUCAGCAUUCAUAGACCUCUUGGUACAGAGGUGAAAGAAUCCUGAACUUGGAAUCAUCUUGGCUGUUACUUUCUACCUGUUUGACAUGAAGUAACAAUUUGGGGCCUUAGAUUCCUCAUUUAUAGGAUAAGGAGGUUGGAUUAGGGAACUUUACAGGGCCCUUUCAGCUCUGGACUUUUGAUCCCUAUUGAGUGCUGGAGGGCACUACCAGGGAGGAGGCUCUUAGGAAUUUCAGUGGUGAGGUCCGUAAUACCAACAUAGCCAUGCAGCUCCGGAUACUGGAUCCCCCGAAGGAAUGACUUCUCUCUUAUGUUUUGAGUCAUAUGCCAGCCGAGUACUCACAGAGACCAGCUUAUAACCUUACCUCAUCGGGCUGCCUGGGUAUUUAUUUCUGCAUAUUUUAAAGGGUCUGGGUGCUGGUCCUGCUCCCAGCCAUGCCAGGGGCCUUGACUCUGGGGAAAGAAGCCCAAAUAGUGGAUAGUAGGAAUGCUAUAGUUGGGAGAGUUGGUUCUUGUAAGAAAUUUGAAUGGAUGAAAUAAAUACUACAGAUCCCGAAUUUGUAUGUGUGUGGGUGUGUGCGCAUGCCUGCGUAUGUGGUGGGCCUAGAGCCUAUGUAUAUUUUCUUUCUGUCCUCUUUGGGAAGGAAGAACAUAAGGUAGUGUGUAAUGUGCCUUUUUGUUGGUGCCUGUUAACUCGCCCAAAGCCGUUAUUUAUCUCCUUAAGGUCUUCCCCAGCCUAUUUUUGUACCUACCCCACCGUUCUCAAUACCGAGACAACAGGGUAGGUAAGGCAUGAU